CUCCAACUCUCACAACCGCCGACCAAAAGGACAAGAACGACUUGUGGUUGAGAGUAGUUCAAGACUCUAUUUGCGCCUCUUUGAGCACCGCUGCACCGACUAGUUUCCGACGCCAGUUUCGGCAUUGUCCAGCUCCUUCACUGAAGAACUAUUUUUCGCGCGCCCAUACCUCUGACAAUCAGGCAACACUCGCUCUUGCCAUUUCUUGCAUCGCAAUCACCGCAUAUAUAUACGCAAUUGCCAAAGAUCUUCUGCCAAGAUGUCUGGCAUGACCAGCGACUCGCAGCUGUUCGAUGAGCACUUCACCAUCACAGCAAGUGACCAAUCCAAAUAUGACCGUGUCUCUCGUAUCAGCGCAACGUCCCAAGACUCGCAAACAACCUUUGCUCUCGAUAUCAACACCGAACUCUUCCCAUGCGCCGUUGGCGAGCCACUGCACAUGGUUCUGGCCAGCACCCUCUCGUUGGAUGGGAGCAAAGAUGACAACAAAGGCUGGAGAGACGUUGGGCGAAGUGGACAGGGUGGCGAAGCCACACUUGCGGACCUAUUUGACUACGUCUGCCAUGGCAAGAUCUACAAGUUCGAGGAUGGAGAUGAUGGAAAUAUAAUCAAAUGUUAUGUAUCUUUCGGCGGGCUUUUGUUAGCACUGGAGGGGCCCUACAAGAAGCUCACUCCAUUGCGGGUGGAUUACAUCUAUCUGCUUAUUAAGAAAUGAUAGGUUACGCAUGGGUUGCGCUCUAUGCAAGGUUCUCGGGUUCACAGUGGCUCUCGUCUGGUGCAUAGCUGGUUAGGGAUGGGCGUUCAGGAAACGGAAAGUUAGAUGGCGUCGAGUUAAUGGUAAUUCUAAAUGCCAAAAUUAAAAUUAAACCAGCGCUACAUGUGGUCCUGGGAAGUUCAACGGCCUGUGUAGCCUGCUCUUAAUCUCGUCAAAAUCGGGCUCGUUUUCCGGUGUUAGGAUCCCGUGUCUGAUAAAGAAGUCGAGCAGGAGGAGGGCGCAGUUGGGCUUGAAUUCUCCCUUGCGCAUGUGUUCCUG